CAAGCCAUUCUUCAAGGGCUCGGGUCCCAUAAUGCUGAUUAAAGGUCAGAUCCAUCCCCUGAAUGAGGUUGUCCAGAACCUGAGAGAGCUGGGGUGAGAUUUUAUGGCUAGAAUGGACUGGAGAUUACUCCACCCGCCUCCCCGAGCGCGCACACACGCCGUCAGGUUGAGUUUCACAUAGUAGGACCCCCGAUGGAAGCUGUUGUGCCAGCGCUGAGCGUGUCAGCAUCCUCGAGGGACCCACAUCCCUGAAAUCCGAGGAAAGCCCUGCCCACUCACUCUCUGCUCCUCUUUGGGGUCACCCCUGCCUGUCGGACCUCAGUCCUACAGUGGCAGCCUAGUUCAACAAAGAAACAAGACAAUGAUACUCACUUUUGUGCUGGGCAGCGGCCCUCGGAGCGGGCCUUCACUCCGGCCCCUCUUGGGGUCCUCAUUGUCACUCCGGGUUCGCUCAACAUCAGCCACCGAUACACACCAUGUAGAGCUGGCCAGGGAACGCUCCAAGACUGUCACCUCCUUUUACAACCAGUCAGCCAUUGACGUGGCAGCAGAGAAGCCCUCAGUCCGCCUCACUCCCACUAUGAUGCUUUAUUCUGGCCGUUCACAGGAUGGCAGCCACCUUCUGAAAAGUGGCCGCUACUUGCAGCAAGAGUUACCAGUGAGGAUUGCUCACCGCAUCAAGGGCUUCCGCAGCCUUCCUUUCAUCAUCGGUUGCAAUCCCACCAUACUGCAUGUGCACGAGCUAUACAUCCGGGCCUUCCAGAAGCUGACAGACUUCCCUCCGAUCAAGGACCAGGCAGACGAGGCCCAGUAUUGCCAGCUGGUGCGACAGCUGCUGGAUGACCACAAGGAUGUGGUGACCCUGUUAGCUGAGGGUCUUCGUGAGAGCCGGAAACACAUAGAGGAUGAAAAGCUGGUCCGGUACUUCUUGGACAAGACUCUGACUUCAAGGCUUGGGAUCCGCAUGCUGGCUACUCACCACCUGGCACUGCAUGAGGACAAGCCUGAUUUUGUUGGCAUCAUCUGCACUCGUCUGUCACCCAAGAAGAUUAUUGAGAAGUGGGUGGAUUUUGCCAGACGCCUGUGUGAGCACAAGUAUGGCAAUGCCCCUCGAGUCCGCAUCAAUGGACAUGUGGCUGCCCGUUUCCCCUUCAUUCCCAUGCCGCUGGACUAUAUCCUACCUGAGCUGCUCAAGAAUGCCAUGAGAGCCACCAUGGAGAGUCACCUAGAUACUCCCUACAAUGUUCCAGAUGUGGUCAUCACCAUCGCCAAUAAUGAUAUUGAUCUCAUCAUCAGGAUCUCAGACCGGGGUGGAGGAAUUGCUCACAAAGACCUGGAUCGGGUCAUGGACUACCACUUCACCACAGCUGAGGCCAGCACCCAGGACCCCCGAAUCAGCCCCCUCUUCGGCCACCUGGAUAUGCACAGUGGCAGCCAGACAGGACCUAUGCAUGGCUUUGGCUUCGGGUUGCCCACGUCCAGGGCCUAUGCGGAGUAUCUCGGUGGCUCCCUGCAGCUGCAGUCCCUGCAGGGCAUUGGCACAGAUGUCUACCUGCGGCUCCGCCACAUUGAUGGCCGGGAGGAGAGCUUCAGAAUCUGACUGCGGAGUUUGGCCUGCUAGCCUGCCACACUCCUCCUAGGACCCUCUGGGCCUGGUGGGGGGCCACUACGCUGCAUACACUGCUGCUUGGGGCUCAUGGCCUCAGACAGGUGGACUUCCAUGGAGCUGGGCACCACUCCUCCUCACUGGGGCCUCUGCUUCCUACUCCAAGUCUUGGAGGGAGGAAGCAGGAGCCCCUGAGGCCUCCAACACCAGCUCCGCUGUUCUCAGUCUUGAGGAUCCUUCUUUGACCUGCUGUUUAUUAAAGUUUGCAUUUUGAAUGCC